AUGUGGUCGUGGCGUCAAGUGCUUCCUUUGCGUUUCCGAUCACGUCGUUCGCUGGAAUCAACUUUCUAUAUCAGUACCUUUGUGGCCGCGCUUGUCACAGUAUCCAUUUCGGCAUCCACAUGGCUCCCGUGCCCGGCUAAUGGACAAGGCACUUUUACCAACCGUAUUGACCCUGCCAACCGAAGUGCUUUAUCGGAAGAAGAGGCAAAGAGGAAGGCGCCUUCCGGGUAUGAGGCGAAUGCGCUUCCCGUUCAAGGCCUUGGACAGCGUGCUUAUCUCACCCGCCGGGAAGGCUGGAUUGAAAUCGACGAGCAGCCCUCAUUCUUUUCAUGGCGCCGUUGGGUGUCAUGA